AUGCUCGCCGUCGCCAGGCCCAGUCCGGUCCGGACUACAGCUGCGAGUACCGCUACCUACUGUUCUCGUCGACCUCAUGCGAGGGCGAGAUCCUGGACUGCAGUCAAGUCUCCCAUGCGGGCAACGCCCUCGAUGUGUGCAAUUACCUGUAUUUGGACGACAACACCUACUACUCCCACACCAACUGCACGACCAAGCAGCUCCAGAUCUACACCACCUCGGACUGCAGCGGUUCCCCGAUCACCUCCGUCACCAACGGAAACUGCAAUAACAUCAACGGCCUCUCCCUCCGCCUUUCGUUCGACAGCACCUGCGGCUCGGCUGCCGCCCUUCAGAGCUGGGUUUCCGUCCUGGUCUAAGCCCAUUACCACAUUAACCAAAGCAGCCAAUAAAACGCAACAUGGAAUUUGUUCUCACCAACAGGAGCGCUUUUGA